GAUCUGCUGCUCUCUUUGGAGCUGCGACGCAUCCAUGCAGAGCUGUGCAGGGUGGCUGCGGGGAUGUGCUGUGUGCAGGGGUGCUGGCACCGUGGGGAUGCAAUGGGGGUGCAGUGGCGCAGGGAUGCUGUUCUGUGGGGGUGCGAUGGGGCUGCAUUGGUGCAGGGAUGCUGUCUCUCUGGGGUGCAGUGGGGAAGCAUUGGGUGCCAGGAUGCUGGCAGCUUGGGGGUGCAAUGGAGGUGCAGUGGUGCAGGGAUGCAGGCACCGUGCGGAUGCAUUGGGUGCAGGCAUGCAGGCACCAUGGGGAUGCGAUGGGGGUGCAUUGGUGCAGGGAUGCUGUCUCUAUGGGGUGCAGUGGGGAAGCAUUGGGUGCCAGGAUGCUGGCAGCUUGGGGGUGCAAUGGAGGUGCAGUGGUGCAGGGAUGCAGGCACCGUGCGGAUGCAUUGGGUGCAGGCAUGCAGGCACCAUGGGGAUGCAAUGGGGGUGCAUUGGUGCAGGGAUGCUGGCACCACGGCGGUGCCUGGCCCUGCUGCUGCUGCAGGACCCCCGAGACCCCUCUUGGUGCUCCCAAUGUGUGGCUGCUCUGCAUUUUUUGCAUGCACGGUGCGGCCUCCAUGCAGCUCCCGUGCGCUGCGCCCCCCCCUCCUGGAGCAGCACGUUGGGCUGUGCACACAACCAACCCACGCUGUGCAGCGGUGGGAUUUUCCCCGGGGUUGGGGCUGCCACGCUGCUCCCCCCGCAGACCUGGAGGCGCUGCUGGCCGACCUGAGCUCCUUUCUGCUCCUCCUCGACCGGGAGAACCUCAGCGCCGCAGCCCGAGCCAAGAAGCAGUCAGUGGGAGAGCUGCUGCAACGGCUGCAGGGCCCGGCAGCAGCAGAGGAUGCGGAGUACAUGAUGAUGCGCUGCCUCUCGCCCUCCUCGGGGGUCCGGCAGUGCCGGGAUGGUGCAGGUGAGUUGGUGCUGUGCGCUGAGCUUUGAGCUGCUCACCGUCCUGCACUGCUUG